GGGGUUUUGAAAAACUGCAAGUCCCAGAGAUCUCUGCAUCAGUGAACCGAGAACCACGGCUUGAAUAACAUGGCAGCGCCGUCCAGCAACACAUGCGGGCUUAUGGAGCGGUCUAUCCGGGAACGGGUCCCCCCGCUGCUGACGGACCUGUACCAGUUCACCAUGGCGUACGCAUACUGGCGGUCCGGCCGGGACCAGGAGCCCGCCGUGUUCGAGCUCUUCUUCAGGGACAAUCCGUUCGGCGGCGGCUUCUCGCUGUUCGCCGGGCUGCACGACUGCCUGCUGUUUCUGCGCAGCUUUCGCUUCACAGACGAAGAUGUAGAGUUCCUGCGCUCCGUCCUGCCCCCGGCCACCGACCCCGCCUUCUUCCAGUUCCUGCGAAGCCUGGACUGCUCCGGCGUUACACUCCGCUCCGUCCCAGAGGGCACCGUGGUGUUUGCCAGGGUGCCCUUGAUGGAGGUGGCAGGUCCACUGGCUGUGGUUCAGCUGCUGGAGACCAGUUUACUAUGUCUGGUCAACUACGCCAGUCUGGUGUGCAGUAACGCUGCCCGAUUCCGCCUGGCGGCCGGACCCAGAAGGAAGCUGUUGGAGAUGGGCCUCAGGAGGGCUCAGGGACCAGAUGGAGGGCUCACCGCCUCACGAUACACACACAUUGGGGGGUUUGAUCUCACCAGUAAUGUUCAGGCUGGCUUCCUGUUUGGGAUCCCCGUCGCAGGGACGAUGGCGCACUCGUAUGUCACUUCCUUUACCUCCCUGGAGGAGGUAUGGCCACAAACUCUUGAGGCAGUGAACGGGGACCCUGGGCCAGUUGACUUCAUGUCGUUGACGAAGGGCUGGUUGAGUCGUCUGUGUGAGUUUCUUGGAGCGGAGGCUGGGAGGAUCUGUGAGGGCGAGUUGGCGGCCUUUUUGUCCUACGCCAUAGCCUACCCUCAGAACUUCCUCCCUGUGAUCGACAGCUACAGUGUUGGCUGUAGCGGCCUGUUGAACUUCUGCGCUGUGGCCUUGGCGCUGUGUGAACUGGGCUACAGGCCUGUAGGAGUUCGCUUGGACAGCGGGGACCUCUGCAGGCAGUCAGUUGAUGUCCGUCGUGUCUUCAGACUCUGCGGCGAGCAUUUCUCCAUCUCUACCUUCGAUUCACUGAUCAUCGUUGGGACCAAUAACAUCUCAGAACAAAGCAUGGCUGAGCUUAACAAGAAGGAGAAUGAGAUCGAUGUGGUUGGUGUUGGAACACAUCUGGUCACCUGCACAAAACAACCCUCUCUGGGCUGUGUGUAUAAGCUGGUGGAGGUGAGGGGAAGGGCCAGGAUGAAGAUCAGUGAGGACCCAGAGAAGAGCACUGUCCCUGGGAGGAAAGCCGUCUACAGGCUACUAGACUCUGAGGGCCAUCCUUUUCAGGACUUGGUGUGUCUCGCGGUGGAGUCUCCUCCAGAGGCCGGAGUCCCCCUGAGCUGUUACCCUCUUGGGAGUGAUAACUCCUCUGUCUCAGUCACUCCAGCUCAGGUCACCUGCCUGCGUCAGGAAGUGUUUACCAAAGGACAAGUCACACACCCUCUGUGCAGCGCCGCAGAAACUAGAGCAAAGGUCCAGGUCUCCCUCCAGACUCUGCACCCUCGACAUAAGAGGCUGCAGGAGCCAGACUCUUACACAGUGGCGCUGUCGGAGGAACUCCACAACCUGGUCACAGAGAUUCAAAGAGAAAGCUCCAACAACAGAAACUUUUUAGCAAACUAAAGACAAUCCGAGACAACUGUUCUGUUGUCAUCUCUUGUUUUUUUAUUUGUGUUUUUAUUGACACUCUUUUCCGAAGUGCUGAAGUUUUAACACUGUAUUGUCUAAAUACGGGAAUACACAAACGUGUUGUGGCCAUUGAAAGCUAAUGUCUAAAAAAUGGGUUUACAAUGAACAGCACUUGACAAGAAGCCCAACGGGGACAGAUGGAAGCAAAUGAAAUCAGAGCAUCCGUCUAACUUCAUGAAUUUAUUUCCUGCUGAAAACUCUGGUUUUUUUUUUGGUCGCUUCAACAAAGAAGCUGCUAAGCUAUUUAAACUGAUGACUCAUGUAACUGUGGAGCACAGUCAGUCACACUUUCUACACUGACAGAUCAAUGCGGACAUCUAGAUAAGCUAUUAAAUGGCCCUGACCUUU